CCAGAUCGUUUCCUUGCUAUCAGGGAUCCUUGGGACGCCCCUACCCCGUUGAAAUUUAAAAUGGUUAACCUGGUUGGAGGAUUUCAGAUGUCCUGCUUAUUCCCUCCUGAUUCCGGGAAUACUCCAGGGGAUAUAUUGAAAUUAGCGGAAUUUUGUAACCCUGGUUAUGGUUUAGGGUGGGGGACAGCCCAAUGAUUCCAGAUAGCACUUAACCCUCCCUUACCUAGGCUAUAGCGACGUAUGUCAGUCGACUCAAGUUUGGGUCAGGUGAGCCUGAAUUUCAAUGCUUCCCCUUCAUACACUUUUUUAAAAGUAGUUUAACGAUCAUUGCAUAUCUAAAACCAUGAGGACUCCUCCAACGCGCUGGUUCAAAGCAUUGCGGAGGUAAAUUGGCUACAUUAAAACUGGUCAGACGCAUCGCAGAUCGCUGUCUAAAUUUACUUGAAUCACUUUGGUAGUAACACGCAUUGUUUUAUUGAUUUCAAACCUAAUGUAUAUUGUUAAACUGUGUUCAUCUUUGAGAUCAAUAUUACUUAUCUUUCAGAAAGUUCGUGUGACAGGCUACUGCGCACGCCCGAAGACAUGUCAGAAGACUCAAGUUUGGGUCAGGAACAGGCUGGAGGAGCCCUGCAUGAAGACCCGUCUUUUAGAGUGUAUGGAGCUGCUGAAAAGGGCCAGAGCUGCCUUCCAAGCUGGCCGCACAUUUGACGAGAGCUUCAGACAGGUCCAACUGGAAGCCCUAGUGCGCAUGCUGGUGGAACACGAGUGUGACUUUGUGGAUGCACUUGGGAGGGACCUCCAUAAGCCGCGGUUUGAGACGGUAGUGUCUGAACUGAUACUGGUGAAGAACGAGGCUCUUCAUGCCAUCAACAACCUCAAGAAGUGGAUGGAGCCGCAACCAGUGGAGAGGAACCUGACCACCACGUUGGAUGAGUGCCUGGUGGUGUGUGAGCCACUGGGGGUGGUGCUGAUUGUGGGGGCCUGGUGUAGCCCUGUUCAGCUCUGUCUGGUACCCCUGGUUGGGGCCAUUGCCGCAGGGAACUGUGUGAUCAUCAACCCCUCAGAAUGUAGUUCUCACACAUCGGAGCUGCUACACCACCUCAUACCGUCAUACCUGGACAAUGAGUGUUACCAUGUGACCCUUGCAGGGGUGAAUGACCUGGCUGAAAUAGUGGACCUCAAAUUUGAUCAUGUCUUCUUCACAGGAAACCGUGAGCACGGGGGUAGAGUGGCACAGGCAGCAGCCCGCACCCUCACACCCGUCACCCUGGUCUUGGGCGGUGGUAAGAACCCCUGCUACGUGGACCAGCAGUGUGACAUCCCCACCACGGCACGACGCAUCACCUGGGCCCGCUUCCAUAAUGCUGGGCAGAGUAUGGUAGCACCUGACUACGUCCUGUGCCAUGCCGAGGCCAAAGCACAGCUGCUCCAAGCCUUGCGCUGCUGCCUCCUGCAGUUCUAUGGUUCAGACCCCCAGGAGUCCAGGAGCUUUGGCCGCAUCGUGAACCUGGAGAACGUACACCGCACCACGGACCUGCUGCGGAGGUCUGGCAAGGUGGCUGUAGGAGGCCAAGUGAAUGAAGCAGAUAAAUACAUUGCACCAACCAUUCUGUGCGAUGUGAUAGACUCGGACCCUAUCAUGCAGCAGGAGGUUUUCGGACCCGUUCUGCCCAUUCUGACCGUCAACAGCAUAGAUGAGGCAAUCUCCUUCAUCAGUCGUCGAGAGAAGCCUCUCUGUGUGUACGCUUACUCUAGCAACAGCAAGGUAAUCUCAAGGCUAAUGAGUGAGACCUCAAGUGGGAGCUUCUGCUCCAAUGACAGUGUCCUGCAGAGCCUGAUGGUGGUCCUGCCUUUUGGGGGAGUAGGUGCCAGUGGGAUGGGUUCCUACCAUGGGCGCUACAGCUUUGACACCUUCUCGCACCGGAAAUCAUGCCUGCUCAGAAACAGUUGCAUCGAGUGUGUCACCUACCUGCGCUACCCACCAUAUGAGGAGCGCAAUCUGUCACUUAUGACCUGGGCAAGUAGCCUUUCCCAGAAGAGCCAGGGCUGGUGCCAGAUACUGUGACUGUGUGUGAGUUGGAAGACUGAGACCUUUUUACAACACUAAGCCGGGCUGAGCUCUACUGUACUGGCUUGAUUACACAUCCACCAUAGUUAUUGAAGCCAUGCUGUAAAUCCCAGUGUGAAGAUGAUAUCUGAACCUACAGUACAUUGAGGACCAGUUGUGAUAGUUCUCCAAUAUGACAAUAUAUUCAGCACAUUACAUUUCUGAUGUAGAACAUGAUGCUAAGGAAGUGACUAUGAUCAGCAAGUUUAUUUACUGCAGCAUGGCAUGAUAGCCCAUCAGUAUAAAUAUUGUAUCCAUGAUAUUUAUUAAACUAUUCGUCCAGUGUUCUCUGAAAUACUUUAUAAAGAAGCUUCUUGUGAUCCAACCUGUGACAUUUAAUUACAACAAUGUACAUUGUGUGCUUCCAACACAGGAUUAUAAUUCUUCAUUUGGUAUUAUCCUAGUAUCACAGGUUAUUGUUGUAGCAGUUUUUCCAAAUUUCAUUAAAAGCAAUGUGCCACUCAGUAUGUUAAGGUUUAGCCUCUAGCAAAGUCAAACUUGAUUCAAGUCUUUAUUUGAAAUUUAGGGGCAGUGCCAUUACGAGAUAUUCAAGCGUAUACCAUCAAUCUGUCGUUUACAUAUGCCAAUGAUGAUCCUUAAACAGAAUAAAUGUUGUUUC